UGUUUCUAUUUCAAUACCACCACUCAUUUUCAGAACUGGAGAGGUAUUCUUUUCAUGGAUUAUAACAGGGACUAGAAAUUCUUUGAGGACAUUCUCCUCCAAAAGGUCACUUGAGGAUUUCUGAAAUGUUAAUCCAAGUUGGAAAAGCAAAAAAUGCAUCAGAACUUAAGAUGGUGACAUCUAGAUGAAUUUUUAUCACAAAUAGUUAUUCAUUCAUCAAAUCACAUGGAUUUAUAGCUGUCAGUACGGCUGUUAGACAAAGGAAGAAUUUCAGAAUCAAAAGGGACAAUCCAUCAUAUCAUAGAAGUAGCUGUGUAUGAUCUCACAUACAACAGAACAAAAUAAACAACAUGAUAUUUAAAACAUAAUGGAACAUCUGAUCUUUAUAAAACGGAACAGGGUAGCUAGUGGCUACCUCAAUGAGACAACUUACAACUGUACAGAUGUUAAUAAUAACAUAACAUAUACCUGUGAAGAUGUCAAUAUAUCAUUAACAAACAAAACUCGAACAGAUGUAUUUGUUAUACCUGAUAUUUACGCCACAACACAGAAACUACUGUUCUUUUCCCUAACUGUGAUGAUACCAUUGGGAAUCAUCUUUAAUGUACUAUCAAUCGUGACAUUCAUGUCACGCCGUAUGCGGCAGCAAUCUAGCUAUUGGUACCUGGCAAUGUUAGGCGUGGCAGACAUUUUGGUUCUUGUAACAGAGAUUUUUCGAGCCUGGUUGCCAAGCAUCAGUGUGAAUUGGUUCAAUGAGAAUAUAGUCCUAUGUGCCAGCGUCAUGUAUCUUUCCAUGAUAGGACGAUUCCUCUCUGGUUGGCUCAUUGCUUUAUUCACACUUGAAAGGUUCGUUGUCAUAUUGCGUCCACUUCAACAAAAGAAGAUAUCUAUUCCAUCAUUGGCUAGAAGAAACAUAGCAGUGCUGACCUCAAUUGGGGCACUUCUUUGUAUUUAUAUUUUCUUCAUGAUUGAAGUGCGCAGUGCAAAAGACCAGUAUGUCUGUAACUCUAAAGCAGGAUUAAAAGAAGUGUAUCUGAACUUAACACGUGUGUUCAUCGUUCUCUCGACAUUUCUCCCUGCUCUGAUAAUAUGCCUCUUGAAUGCAGCGACUAUUUAUGAAUUGGUUAGUUUUCGAAAUGAAAGACCAGAGAUGAUGGAUGGUGGUCGGCAGGCUGCGUCUGAUAGGAAUAAAAUCACAGUGAUGUUGAUCACAGUAUCAACAUGUUUCGUUAUCCUAACCACACCCUAUCAGGUUUACUGGUUCUACAACACAUCAACGAAGUUCACAUCUGCCUAUGGACAAAUCUAUUCCCGAAGCAUCUUAGCCAUCAUACGUGUAUUCUACACACUUAAUUUCGUCAUCAACUUUUUAUUGUAUAACAUUGUUGGGACAAAAUUUCGACGUGAACUUCACAGGAUUCUUUGUUGUAAUAAAUUGUCGUCAAAUAACAUGGAUUAUAUUAGUACAGGUCGUACACGUAGCGUGUCCCUUCAUGCUAUCUUCAAGAAACACAGCACUACGAGCACAAUCAGUAUGUCCAGUACCCAGAGACCCAGUAAAAUCAGCAUAUCCAGUAUCUCUCAAUUCCUUACCAGUAAGGGAUUUACCAGGAAAUCCAGUUCAGCGGUUCAAACCAAAAAUAAUGAAAAUAAUACAACAAAUGGUUUUCCUGGAAACCCCAUUUCUCUAGAUACAUCACAAAAUGACGAAUGUAAUCAGGGGAGAAGAUUCUCGAGAAAACUAAGCUCUGUUGAACAAAUAAAAAAUGAUGAGCGAACUAUGUCAAGACGUUUUUCAAGAAAACGUUCCUCUGUUUGCGAUGUACAGUGUGACAACAAGAAUAUUGCAAGACGUUAUUCUCGAAAACCCAGCUUAGCUGAAGAAUUGAGAAGUACCCAUAUGAAAAACAGUACAAGGCGCUAUUCAAAGACUCAAAAUUCAAUUAAAGAGCCAAAUUCCACAAAAACAAGAAAGAACGCUGUUAGUGUUAUUGAGGAACAAAAUGUUUGAGAUAAAUACAUACCAUAUGUACAGUACAGAGAUUAUAUGAUAGUACCAUGAUCAAAAAAUGAAUCAAGGCAUUAACAUAACAAAAUGUCACUACCGGGUAAGUUAUUGUAAACAGUAACAAAAACUGUAACAAUAUUUUACAGAUAACGAAUGAUGACACGAGCAACUGGUCACAGAAACAAUAUUUUACCUCUUCUUGGUGAUGACAAAUAAAUAGAACAGUGAAAUCUGCAUUCAUUAUUUACUUAAUUACAUUUAAUUAUAGUAGAUACUCAAAUAUUUCAGAGGAGGUCACUUUCAUUGUAUUUCUAUAAUAAAAAUUAGCUCUUGGUCAACAGGUCUGAGAGAACAAUUUGGGUGGCCAACCUUGUAUGUGUCUGUAAAACUUCAACACAAUGAAUUGUACAUAAUUACAUUUAUCAUUUUAAGAAAUAUAUAUUUUAAUGUAUUACACAUUACUAAUAUUUUUGUGUUACUAAUAUUUACAAAUAUUAUUUUACAUAUUAUUCCAAAUUCUUGGGUUCACUGCACAAUGGACUUAUUUCACAUUAAGUUGACAUUUUUAAAGCAUAAAGAGAUUAAGGCUGAACUAAAACAAAAUAUUUUAAUCAAAUUAAAACAAUUUCUUCUUCAAUUCAGCUCUUAUACCUCUAGAUGACAACUAUGAAGAUUUGAAUUAAUAUCACAUCUUUAUUAUGUAAUCCAAGAACUGGUAAUAUCUCUGCUUCACUGUUCUUCACUAUUGUACAAUAUACAUAUAUUUAAAUUAAUAUUAAUGAGGACACAAUAUCCUUGUUAUAUCCUCGUUAUUAUGUUAAUGAGGAUUCAUCUCUAGUUGUAGGACCCUAGUGGGUGGAAUUUCCAGUUCUUGGUUCACUUUGGAGUGAACGUAUUGAUGCAGUAGCAUUCUUAACUCUGCAUUCUGUUGUCUUAGUCCAUCUGUCUCUUUUAUAAGAUUACUCCUGGCUGUUAAAGUAUCACUG